AUGAGUUUACCUAGACAUAGCCAAGAGUUUAGAGACGGCGUCAAUAGAUUCUUGGACUAUGCUUACUCCGUUGGAAAUCCUCAAGGAGAGAAAAUUCUAUGUCCUUGUGCAAAAUGUUGCAACUUCCUUUGGGGUCAAAGAGAGUCUAUUCAUAGCGAUUUAAUAUGCUUUGGAUUUGUCAAGGGCUAUACACGAUGGGUUAAUCAUGGGGAAAGUGUAAUUGGUAUGGAUGUCGAUACUGGUGAUACCGAUGAGAUUUAUUCAUGCGAUGACAUUGAAGGCUUGCUAGACGAAAGGUUUAGGAAUGUGGCAGAUGUUGAGGGAGAAAAAGAAGGCAUGAACGAAGAUGCAAAGAAGUUCUAUAAUUUGGUUGACGAGAGCAAUGCCUCGUUCACUUCCCUCCUGAAGUUGUUGAAAGAGGCUAUUCCUAACUUGAAUCUCCCUUCUUCUUUCAACAAAGCCAAGGCUAUGGUGAGAGAUUUAGGUCUUGAUUAUAAAAAGAUUGAUGCAUGCCCAAAUGACAGCAUGCUAUAUUGGAAAGAGCACGAGAAUGAAACAUGUUGCCAUGAAUGUGGAACUUCUCGUUGGAUUGAGCCUGCGGUAGUUGAAGGUGACAUAUCUUCAAAGAAAGCUCACAACAUUCCUGCAAAGACAUUACGGCACUUUCCCCUAAUUGACAGGCUUCAAAGGCUAUUCAUGUGCUCAAAGACCGCUAAGAAUAUGAGUUGGCAUCAGGAAGAGCGUAAAAAGGAUGGAAAGCUAAAGCAUCCUGCCGAUGGUCAGUCAUGGAAAGAUUUUGAUAACCGACAUUCAGAAUUCGCCAAGGAACCUCGUAACUUGAGACUUGGUUUGGCGAGCGAUGGAUUCAAUCCGUUUCGAACCAUGAGUAUAUCUCAUAGCACGUAG